AUGGCGGCGGUGCGAUUCGCGGACGGAGACUGGGCGGAGGACGCGGAGUUCGCGGCGUACGGCGCGGCGACGCCGGCGCUGCGAGCGCUCGACGCGGAGACGGCGCACGACGUCGCGGUGGCGGCGCUCGCGCUGGGACUGGGACCGAGACGAAGGCGGCGAGACGGGGAGGCGCUGCGCGUGGAGGCGCUCGGGACGACGUUUUCGAACCCGAUCGGUCUGGCGGCGGGAUUCGAUAAGGACGCGAGGGCGUUCGAGGCGUUGCUGAGGGUGGGAUUCGGGUUCGUGGAGAUCGGGAGCGUGACGCCGAAGCCGCAGCCGGGGAAUCCGAAACCGCGCGCGUUCCGCCUGCGCGAACACGGGGCGGUGAUCAAUCGGUAUGGGUUCAACAGCCAGGGACACGAGAGCGCGAGGACGCGAUUGGCGAGGCGGCGCGACGCCGUCGCCGCCGAGGGCGACGACGCGACGGCGGAGCCGCGCGGGGUGCUCGGCGUAAAUCUCGGGAAGAAUAAGCUCACUCCUGAAGACAACGCGGCGGAUGAUUACGUCUUGGGGGUGGAGAAUAUCGGGGAAUUCGGCGAUUACAUCGUCGUGAACAUUUCCUCGCCGAACACGCCGGGUUUGAGAAACUUGCAAGGUCGCAAGCAUUUGAGCGGGUUGCUGCGCAAGGUUUUGGACGCGCGCGACAAAAAUCCGGGCACCGCGAAGACGCCGGUGUUGGUGAAAAUCGCCCCCGAUCUCACCGACGCCGCGUUGAGGGAUAUCGCGAGCGUGGUGAAGAGCGAAAAGGUCGACGGAGUCAUCGUGAGCAACACCACCAUCGCGCGACCGGACGCCAUCAAAGCGCACGCGCACGGCGACGAAGCGGGCGGUCUGAGCGGUAAACCGCUCAUGGAGCCGAGCACUAAGGUGUUGCACGACCUGUACAAGCUCACGGGCGGCAAAAUCACCUUGGUGGGAUGCGGCGGCAUCGCCAGCGGCGAAGACGCGUACGCAAAGAUUCGCGCGGGCGCGUCGUUGGUGCAGUUGUACACCGCGUUUGCCUUCGAAGGUCCGCCUUUGAUACCUAGAAUCAAGCGAGAACUCGAGGAGUGCUUGGCGCGCGACGGUUUCAAGAGUGUGCAAGACGCCAUCGGCGCGGCGCACCGCAAGUAG